GUUCGUUCGGUACUCUGCUGCGCUUGCCUACCGGUUGCUAGGAGUUGUGGACGCCAAGGGGCCGACGACAGCCCGCAGCAGCCCGGCGCCGGGGGCUGGGGGGAGUGGGUGCCCACAGGCUAGUCUCCUCCCCGGAGGUCCGCCCCUACCCCGAGCCGAGGGCACCGGGCCACCCAGACCCGGGAGCGGCGAUGGAGCCUGGGAAGAGACGAACCAAAGAUGAUACUUGGAAAGCAGAAGACCUCAGGAGACACCUCUGGGCUGCACAGUCAGGUGGUGCCAAGGAAGAGAAGCAGCACAGAGAAAGGCAGCUACACAAGGAGUCCGAAGCGGAUGUCCCUGACCACAAAGAGCACAGGGAUCCAGGGCGAGAUGUACAGAGGCCCAGGGACAGGGCCACUGACAGAGAUGCCCGCAUCUCCAAGGAGAAUCCCCGCGCGGAGAGGGACAGUGAAAGACAUGGGGAGAGGAAGAGGGAUCCAAGAGACCGGGAGAGAGAGAGGCUGAGAGAGAAGCGUCGCGAACAAGGUGCAGAGAAGUCUCAUAGCAAAGCCAAGGAAAGAGAAAAGGAAAAGGACAGAAGGGUGAAGAGAGAGGAGCUCCGGCAGGCCACUGCCCACCAUGACCUUCUGGACAGGGCGGAGAAGGUGCGCUCAGUAAGUAAAGUAAGAAUUGAAGAGAAAGACAGCAGAGAUGAAGACCCUGAAGUAGGAGAUGAAGACAGAGAAAGAAGAUACCGAGAGAGAAAGCUGCAGUACGGCGACAGCAAAGACAACCCUCUCAAGUACUGGCUUUAUAAAGAAGAAGGGGAGAGACGACACAGGAAGAAAUACCGAGAAAAAAGCAGCACCAGGGAGAAGAGAGAAAAGUACUCCAAAGAGAAGAGUAGCUUGUUCUCUGGCAGAGAAGGGGAAGAAAGACGCAAGGAGAAGCGACCUAAAGAAGGCUGUCGUGGGGCUGAGGAGGGGCCCCGGAGCCACGUGCAGAGGAAAGACGGGCUCUCACGGGAGGAACACAGGAAGAGGGAGCCCGAGAGUGGUGAACACAGAAGCCGAGGUGCACAUGCGAGAAGAGAUGGGACUAGCGGCCAGCACAUGGAGAAUUUAGUAAGAAGUAAUGGGAAAGAUAAAGACUCAAGAAGGAAGCACAGCCAUGAGGAAGGCCUGGCUGCGGGGAAGUCAGCUCUGGGACAGGGCGCUGAAGAAGCCGUGGAAACUGAGAAGGAAGACGUUGGUUUACAGAAUGCUGGAGUUGAUGAAUACCCUGUCACUUUUGAAGAUGAUUUUGAAGACUAUGAAGACGAUUUUGAAGUUUGUGAUGGAGAUGAUGGUGAGAGCAACAGUGAGCCUGAAUCAAAAGAAAAAACUGAAGAAUUUUCUCUGGCUCGAAAAAGGGAGAUACAGGAAAUUCAAAAGGCCAUUCAUGCAGAAAAUGAGAGGAUUGGAGAACUGUCCUCACAGCGAUUUCAGAAGCAGUGUCGGACGGGGCGUGACAAGGGCUCCCAGGCAGAUCCAAAUGGUUCUCCUUCCAGAGCACCUGUUUGUGGAAUUUUUGUGGAUUUUGCAACAGCCUCACACCAUCAAAAGAGUCGGACUCAGGCCCUUAAGCAAAAGUCAAGAAGUACAAAACUGCUUCGGCUUAUUGACUUGGAUUUUUCCUUCACUUUCUCUCUCAUGGAUUUGCCACCAGUUAAUGAAUAUGACAUGUAUAUCAGAAACUUUGGGAAGAAAAAUACCAAGCAGGCAUACGUUCAAUAUAAUGAAGAUAAUGUUGAAAGAGACAUUCAGACUGAAGACAUAGAAACCAGGGAGGCGUGGACCCAGCAUCCUGGAGAAGGCGCUCUUGUGUCUGGAGGUAGUGAAGAAAGAGAAACAUCUGAUGCUACAUUUGUACCAAAGAUUGAUACUCCAAGGUUAUCUAACUUUCUCCGGGCAGCCUGUCAGGUGAUUGCUGUUUUGCUUGAAGAGGACCGUUUGGCUGCUGAACCCACCUGCAGUCCCAGGGCACACGACAACACCUUGUCUAUCAGUGACAGCGCCUCCCAACUGAAUACUGGCCUGCCGUUCCUUCAGGACCGGAAAGUAUCCUGCUUGCGCGCCUCUCAAGUUCAGAGACAGAUGGUGGUCUCGGUCCACGACUUGCCUGGAAAGGCAUUUGCCCAGCCACUGGACCACAGAUACAUCCUCUGCGUUUGGGAUAUUUGGCAGCCUUCAGGGCCCCAGAAGGUUCUGAUAUGUGAGUCCAAGGUCACAUGUUGCAGCUUUAGCCCAUUGAAAGCAUUUCUGCUGUUUGCUGGAACUGCGCAUGGCUCUGUCAUCGUGUGGGACUUGAGAGAAGACUCCAGGAUACAUCAUUAUGUGAAGCUGAGUGAUUGUCCUUGGACCUUCAGGAUGCCCACGUUUUCCACGGAUGGAAUCCUGACAUCUGUAAACCACCAGAGUCCUCUUCAGGCAGUAGAACCCAUCUCCACAUCUCCAAGCAAGAAGCAGAGCUUUGUGCUUUCGCCGCUUUUUGCUCAGGAAGGAGCGUCAAGUUUGUCAUUUCCCAUUGCUUCCUUGGAUGAGAGCGGGAUUCUCAAUGUGUGGGUGGUGGUUGAAUUGCCAAAGGCGGAUAUUGCAGGUUCAAUAAGUGAUUUAGGCCUUAUCCCUGGAGGGAGGAUUAAAUUGGUGCACAGUGCUGUGAUCCAGCUGGGUGGCAGUCUUUCUCAUGAAGGUAGUGAGUCCUGGGGCACCGCACAAACCUUGACCAUCAAAUUCCUGCCCUCAGACCCCAGUCACUUCGUGGUUGGCACAGAUGUGGGUCUCCUCAUUCAUGGCACAAGGCAGGAUUUGAGAGUGUCUCCCAAGUCAUUCAAACCUCAGCAGUGCGGGUUAAGACCAGUGAAAGUUAACGUGAUUGACUUCUCACCAUUUGGAGAACCAGUAUUCUUGGCUGGCUGCUCAGACGGUAGCCUUCGGCUGCACCAGAUGAGCACUGAGUGGCCACUGGCCCAGUGGAACAGCAGCACCGCGGGCCACGCCAUCACCGGCCUGCAGUGGUCACCCACAAGGCCAGCCGUGUUCCUGGUGCGGGAUGCCGCGUCCACCGUGUAUGUCUGGGACCUCCUGCAGAGUGACCUGGGCCCUGUGGCUGUGCAGCCCGUCUCUCCCGACAGGCUGGUGGCCAUGACUGUCAUGGGGGAGCCAGAGAGGCCCAGCGACCGCUUCCUGGCCCUGGUACUGGCCAGGGCCUCGGGCACCGUGGAUGUGCAGUACCUGAAGAAGCAGUGGGCAGCCAUCCAGGCAGAGGAGAGCCAGUGGCUGCGCCUGUUCCUGCAGGAGGCCCCAGUGGGUCCAGGCCGCAGAGGCUGCGGAGACGUCGGGAGGGCGGUGCUCGGGUAGCCCCGAGAGUCAGCCUCUCUCUGUGCGCGCUGUGCUCUGCGUACAGCGUGUGUGUCCUGUACGUCAGUUCUCUUACAGAAGACGACUUCAGUAUUCCCAGUCAUUAUUUUUGAAUGGAAACAAAUAAACAGUUUUAUACAUAGUGAACUUCAGGGGAAAUACUGAGUCAUGUCCAGUAUGCUCUUUUCUGAGAGUAUUUCUGGUUAUUUUUAGAAGGUUUUUAAAAUGCUAGCUUUUAAACAGCCCACCAUGAAGUGUAUUUUAAUGGACUAUUUUCUUAUGCAUACAGUGAUGA